UUCAGAUGCGAGGUGGCCGGCACGCGUGAUCAGCUUCGCCUCUGUUACAAACGCUCCAGUACCCAAGGCUAAGAAUAAUCAAGGUCAACCCGUUGGAGCUCCGCAUCAGCAUCAGUUUUGCGGUGAGCUGACACAUGCUUUCCAUCGCUUUCCGUAGCUGUAGUACUAUAUGUACUAGUAGCCGGACACCUAUCGGUAUCCGGACUUUUGCGUCUACCGUCAAAGCGUUCAAGAUGAGAGUUGUACCUGUUCUCGUCAGCGCAGAUAAUUAUGCAUAUCUCCUCAUCGACGAGCCAACCAGGAAGGCGGCGGUGGUGGAUGUAUUAGACGUAGAAAAAGUACAGGCUGUAGCGGAUAAAGAAGGCGUGAGCAUCGUCGCUGGCAUCACUACACAUCACCAUCAAGAUCAUAGUGGUGGAAACAAGACACUGGUGCGUAACGUGCCCAAUAUUAUCCCCGUUUAUGGAGGUUUUGAUGUGCCUGCUAAAACACACCUCGUCGAGGAUGGUGGCGAGUUCACUAUCGGUGAUAAUAUACAUGUUCGGUGCUUGGCAACCCCAUGCCAUACCAAGGAUUCUAUUUGCUUCCAUGCAACGGACACAUCCAUCAAGUCUCAGUCCGGCGGUGUGUUCACUGGUGAUACUCUUUUCUUAGGCGGGUGCGGUCGUUUCUUCGAAGGGACGGCAGAGCAAAUGCACGCCUCUCUUUCCAAACUAGCAACGCUCCCAGACGACACGGUCGUAUACAACGGUCACGAAUAUACAGCUGGCAAUGUUGCGUUCGCGAAGACUAUUGAGCCCGAGAACCCGGCCAUCGAUCGGCUUUUCAAGCUUGCACAAGAGAACAAGGUUACCACUGGUCUGUCGACGAUCGGUGAUGAGAAGGAGUGGAAUGUGUUUAUGCGUUUGGAUAAAGUUGCGAUAAUGAAGGCUACUGGUGCAGAGGAACCUGGUGCAGUUAUGAACAAGUUGCGUGAGUUGAAGAACAACUUUAGGGGGUGAGGAAGCACGUUUCUGUAGUUUGAGUCGACUGAGGAAUAGGGUUAGAGCAAGGCUUUAGUGCGGGUAGUAAGAACAGCAAAGUGUUUAUUGAUCGUCUGGUAGGGAACAAACUCAACAGAUGUAUUGAUAUAACAUUGCAAAGCAGUGCGAGUCCAUGAGGCAUUAUUAA